GUAUUCGAAAGGGAGCAUCUGAAAUCUAAGCUGCUAUAAAUCCAGAUUGAAACUCAAGUAUCAAGUGUUCAAUUUAAAAUAUUGAACGUAAGUUUAUAAAGUAUGGAAGAGCAGCCAAAUGAUUUCGUUCAAGCACCUGGAGAUUUUUCUAAUGGAGUUAAUAUGUGUUCGGUAUGCAUGAAAGUGAUUAAAUCCAACAAGAAAACUUGCCGUAUUUGUGAAAUCUUCUUCCUUCACUCCUUAAAACAUUUCGACGAUCCGAUUUGUGAGAGCGAAGGAGACUGCGACAGUAUAUGUAUCCUUUCUUGUAGUUACUGUCGAUUGAUGAACUGUUACAAAAUUGGAAUGACUGCCAUGGAUGCUUAUGAAGAUCUGGAAGAUUAUUAUAAAGAUAUACAAUUAAGAUUGAGCGAAGAAUUUAAGAAUAAAAAAUCGGAUGAUGAUAGAAAAUGGUUGAAGGCAAAUCACGAGUUUCUUCGUUUUGAAAGUACUUUCAACGAAUGGAUUUCUCAAAUGUACGAAUUUCAAACAUUAAGUGAAGACGUUCAAGAGACUUUAAAAGAAAAAUACAAACUCAGAGGAACUAUAAUGGAAAUAGUCGAUCGAUCGCUACACGUUCAUAUGGUACUGAAUUUCCACACUUUCUUCUGGGAUCCUACGAAAUACGAAAGAAAUGACAUCACACAGCUAAUGAGAGGUAUCUUAACAUUGACGUUAAAACUACAGCAGAAGUACAGUUCCGUAGAAAAUUUGAAUAGGAUGAAACUGAAACUAAUUCUAAAAGACGAUAUCAACGUGGAUUUAAGUGAUGCCGAAGAUGAUGAAUUGUCGUCGUUAUCAAUAAUGUUAGAUUCGUUAGAAGUAAAAAUGUCAGAAGUGAAGAAAUUAUUCAACGUGGAAUGUAUAAAAUGCCUUGAAAGUGGGAGCUAAAAUCAUUUUUCUUUCUACUUCGUGAAUGAUUCUCACACUUGAAUCUUUUGGAAGAAAGAAAAUUGAGAAUUUAAAUGCAAAUAUCUGCAAAAAAUUCGAUGUGCAGUUUAGUUUCUUGCUUGAUAAUCAAUGAGAAUUCAAUAGUUUUUAUUAUUUUACUACUUAUAUUUAUAUAAAUACUUUUAAAUCGAUACUGUAGUACAUCUUUUACCUGCUAAAAUAAAUUAUUUUUGCUUUUGCAAGUGUCAUUUAAGUGUUUUAAACGGAAAUAAAAC